AUGUCCGACACCGAGUCAACCGAAGUCCCGGAGGGCCCGGUGAACCUCAACCUGCCUUUCAAUGCGGGCGACCAGGCCUACAUUAUCGUGUCCUCGGCCAUGGUGCUACUCAUGAUACCCGGCAUCGCCUUCCUCUAUUCCGGCCUUGCGCGGAGAAAGUCUGCGCUUUCGCUCAUCUGGGUCGUCAUGAUGUCGUUCAGCGUCAUCGUGUUCCAGUGGUAUUUCUGGGGGUAUUCGCUGGCUCUGAGCAGCACAGCAACCAACGGGUUUAUUGGGAAUCUCGACAAGUUCGGUCUGCGGAACACACUAGGCGAUGCGAGCCCCGGAUCACCGCUCAUCCCGGAGCUGUUGUAUUCGUUCUAUCAGAUGCAAUUUUGCGCCGUCACUGCCGCCCUCGUCAUCGGAGCCACGGCCGAACGCGGCCGCGUCGUCCCCGCCAUGGUUUUCACCUUCUUCUGGGCUACGCUCGUCUACUGCCCGGUCGCGUACUGGGCCUGGGGUCUUAACGGGUGGGGUUUCAAGUACGGCGUGCUCGAUUACGCCGGCGGCGGCCCCGUCGAAAUCGGAUCCGGCAUGUCGGCUCUGGCAUACUCGUGGGUGCUCGGGCGCCGCAACGAAAAGAUGAUGCUCAACUUCCGCCCGCACAACAUCUCGCUCAUCACCCUCGGCACGAUCCUGCUGUGGUUCGGCUGGCUCGGAUUUAACGGCGGCUCAUCGUUCGGCGCCAACCUCCGUGCGACCAUGGCCUGCUGGAACAGCUGCUUGACGGCCAUGUUUGCCGCCAUGACCUGGUGUCUGCUCGAUUACCGUCUGGCCAAGAAGUGGUCGCUCGUCGGCUGGUGUUCCGGCACCAUCUCGGGGCUCGUCGCCGCCACUCCGGCUUCCGGUGUCAUCACUCCCUGGGCCAGCAUCGUCUUGGGUGUCGUGUCGGGCAUUGCUUGCAACUUUGGCACCAAGAUCAAGUUCAUGAUCCGCAUCGACGACGCACUCGACGUGUUUGCCGAACACGCCAUCGGCGGCAUUGUCGGCCUGAUCUUCAACGGUUUCUUUGCCGCCGACUACAUCAUCAGCCUCGACGGCGUCAACAUGACCAUGACGGGCGGUUUCCUUAACCAGAACUGGCGCCAGCUGUACGUGCAGAUCGCCUACAUCGUCGCCUCCUGCGCCUACACCUUUGUCAUGUCGGCCGUCAUCGCCAAGCUCAUCGACUUGGUUCCGGGUCUGCACCUGCGUGCCUCGUCCGAGGCGGAACUCCUCGGCAUGGAUGACGACCAGCACGGCGAGUUUGCCUAUGACUACGUCGAGGUCCGCCGUGACUACCUGGCCUGGACCCCUGCCGAGAAAGACCCGAGAGAAGACGGCGUCGUUGUCAUCCCGCAGCACGGCAUUGACGGCCACCAGGAACUGGCCGACAGCGCCAUGCUCCGUGGGCAACAAGGGAGCAAGGCCGGGAGCAGUGCGCCUGGCACCCCGCCAAAUGAGAAGGUGUCGUCCUCCAAGGCGCCCCAAAGUGCGAACGAGAUGCCUACCGAGGCUACUCAAUAA